AUGGCUACAACAGUCGCAGUUGCGAGGCGACCCCAGCAACACACCAUCGAACAGCCUCCUACAACCACAUCCAGUGCCGAACGAGAUGUAUUUCGUAAAUAUUUCGAAUCUGCAUUUGAACCCUUACCGGAAUCUCAAACGGACAUUCCUUAUUUACAAGAGGACGAGGACGACGUCGCUGAUCAUUCAGAGGAAGAGUCGGAAUGGGAAGGUCUUUCAGACGCAGAAAAUGACAGUACUACGGUUGAGGUGGUAGAACAUCGGACUAUUUUGGAUGAAACACAAGACCACGAAUUGCAAAGACAGCGAUACAAAUCUUUCAUGAGUUCAAGGCCUCCCAAAGAAGUCGAGCCAGUAACGACGAAAAGCAAAGGCCAACCAGCCGACGGGGAGGAUGCAUCUGAGGCAAUGAAUCUGAAACAUGAUCUUGAUCUUCAACGCCUCCUCAAAGAGUCGCACUUGCUGGAGCAGGCAAAAGUAUCAUCCACGCCGGGGUCACAUCGACACAAAGCUGUUGACAUGCGAUUGCGGUCACUGGGCUCGAAAGGGUCCAUGUUUCAUCAAGUCAAGAUGCCCUUGGCACAUAGGAGGGGCAUCCUUGCAAAAUCGGCAUCCCGGGAGACGAUGCGAAGAAAGGAGGCCCAAGAGAAUGGUAUUAUAGUAGAAAAGCCUGAGCAGAAAAGGUUUAGAUCCGGAGAGCGCCGGAGAGAACGUGCUGUGGAUAUCCCUGCAGUAGGUAAAUUCAGAGGAGGCACUCUGAAGCUCAGCAAGAAGGAUGUCCUGGAUAUUCAAGGUCCAGUUCGUCCUGGAGGACGAGGGAAAAAGGGCCGAUGA